AUGACCGCAGAGAACCGCUUCGAUCCGAAGCGGAAACUUAUCCACCAUAAGAAGACUCAGUUCGCUACCGCGUCAUAUAAAGAGAACGAGUACCCUAAUCGACUCUCUCUGUAUGAUGUUCCUCCUACGCAGGAAAUCAGCCUGGAGGAGUUUGAAACAUGGGCUAUUGACAGACUGAGAAUACUUGCCGAAAUCGAGGCAUGCUCGUUCAGGAAUAAGUCCCCCGAAGAGACGUCCGCCCAUCUGGAACCAUUACUCAAGAAAUAUCUACCGCUAUCUUCAAACACUGCUGCCGCCGGUGGGGUCGUGGAUCAGAAGUUGAAGAAUCAACGACGCAAAGACCACUACUCGCACUACAUCCUACGACUAGCAUUCUCCGGGACGGAAGACCUUCGAAGACGAUUCGCCAGGGUCGAGACCAUGCUUUUUCGUCUGCGAUUUCAGCAGGACGACACCCGCGAGCGCCAAGCGUUUAUUGAAAGUCUGAACAUGAACUGGGAGCGUGUCCAGGAAGAGGAGAAGAGAGAACUGGCAGAGCAACUCCUGGCGGCGACACCAGGCCUCCGGCGAAUAGACGGAGAGAAUUGGUUCAAAGUCGAUUGGACGUGUGUUCCCGAGCUUGUCGAACACCGAACCGUCCUCGUGCGGAAAGGCAAGGCCUAUGUACCUAUGCGCGAACAAACGAGCAUGGUUCUUACCGAGUUCACGGCCCGUUUGGACAAGGCACUAGAAUUGACUGCUCGCGCGUUACCUAGACUCGACGAGGACGAUCGCCUAACACCAAUCCUCAAUCACUUGUCCAAAAACUUCGCCACUCCUGAUGCCGGCUUCUCAGAUUCAGAUUCAUCUGUGCCCGGAGCUCCCAUCACAGCGGCCAACGUCGACAAUUUAUCUCAACAUUUCCCGCUCUGCAUGAAACACUUGCACAAUACUCUACGCAAGAACAACCACCUCAAGCAUUUCGGUCGUCUACAGUACACACUUUUCCUCAAGGGCAUAGGGUUGACGCUGGAAGAUUGCCUGCUCUUCUGGCGCCAGUCGUUCAAAGUACUUACCGAUGAUCAGUUCAACAAAGAAUAUCGGUACAACGUCCGCCAUGCGUAUGGCGAUGUCGGUGGAGACGCUAAUCGCCGGGGUCGAGGCUAUGCGCCCUACUCGUGCCAGAAGAUUCUGACUGAACACCCGCCAGGCACCGGUGAAGCGCAUGGAUGCCCUUACCGCCAUUUCUCUGUGGACAAUCUUACCUCCAUGCUGCAGGCAACGGGCGUUCACGACCGAGACGUCCUCAGAGGGGUGAAAGAAGAUGUUGAAAAGAAGCGGUUCCACAUUGCCUGUAAUCGAGUCUUUGACUGGGCUCACAAACAAGAGAUCAGGAAGGUCAAAGACGAAGGGAUCUGGGGACCUGCGGAAUUGGAAACAAUCGUACAUCCAAACACGUACUUCAAGAGGAGUUAUCUGUUGAAGAACUUGGGCAACAUGCCGAAACAGGAUGUCAAGAUGGAGGAUUGA